CCCUGUCACCACAGCUGCCGAAAAGUCGCCACCGCUAGGGUCACCACCGCAUCGGUGCAGGGCACGAUGGCGUCCGCCACAGACUCACGCUAUGGGCAGAAGGAGUCCUCGGACCAGAACUUCGACUACAUGUUCAAGAUCCUCAUCAUUGGCAACAGCAGCGUGGGCAAGACGUCUUUCCUAUUCCGCUAUGCAGACGAUUCCUUCACGCCUGCUUUUGUCAGCACUGUGGGCAUAGACUUCAAGGUCAAGACCAUCUACCGCAACGACAAGAGGAUCAAGCUGCAGAUCUGGGACACAGCAGGGCAAGAGCGAUACCGGACCAUCACCACGGCCUACUACCGGGGUGCCAUGGGCUUUAUCCUCAUGUAUGACAUUACCAACGAGGAGUCCUUCAACGCCGUGCAGGACUGGUCGACCCAGAUCAAGACCUACUCAUGGGACAAUGCCCAGGUGCUGCUGGUGGGGAACAAGUGUGACAUGGAAGAUGAACGGGUGGUGUCGUCGGAACGUGGCCGGCAGUUGGCUGACCACCUUGGCUUUGAGUUCUUUGAGGCAAGCGCCAAGGACAACAUUAAUGUCAAGCAGACCUUUGAGCGCCUGGUGGACGUCAUCUGUGAGAAGAUGUCCGAGUCAUUGGACACGGCCGACCCUGCAGUCACGGGUGCCAAGCAGGGCCCACAGCUCACGGACCAGCAGGCGCCUCCGCACCAGGACUGCGCCUGCUGA